AUGGAGAGGGAAAAUUUUCUAGAGGAAGAAAUCGAGGAAAGCGAUGAGGAUAGUUUGAUGAGCCAAAUUAUUCAUGAAAUUGGAAGAAGCGGAACUUUAAAACGAAAGGAAAGAAAGUCGAUCCGAAAAAUCUUCGACUACGAAACUGAACCCACAAAAACUAUCGACGAUUCUGACUCUGGAACCAUCUCAGAAAUCGAAAGUAUUCAAGACGAAGACAUGGAAGAAAUUCAAGAGCCGAAAUUUGAGUCGCUAGACAAUCUGCUGAUUCAGCAAGAUCAAGAGAAAUUCGAAAAAGAACUGCCUCCGCCAAUUCCUGAAAAGAGCGAGGACACGAUUUUGAAGGAAUUUAUUCCCAUCCCAGAAGAGCCCUCUCAAAUCUCCGAAGCCUCAACAGUCCUUGGCCCUGGCCCUGUCCAACCCACAAAUUCCUCCCAAAUCACCAAGCCAUCAGAUUCCUCGUCUGUCGAUUCAAAUGUCAAGCUCAUAAACCCGGAGUCAUCGGAGGAAGAACUCCUGAUUGCGCAUAAAAUCGAAAUCGAUUCACUAAACGAAGAAGAGCUGAUUGAUGAGGCAUCGUCUGAUUCGCGAUCCGCGAAGGUCAAGGGAUGCGCGUGUGUCAGACGGAGAAAGAUUGAUUGGCCGACUUUUAAAAAUCCUCUGCCACGGUGGAAAGCGAAAAUCACCAAUUUCAUCGAAAAUCAUCGUCGCCAAAAAACUCCAAGCCAUCAUUCCUCAACUUUUGAACAACUCGAUGUCAGUAUCGAGCAAAAUCUCUAA